UCGAGCAAGCAGGAACCAUGGCUGCGACGCCGGCGGACGCAAGCAGCAGCAGCAGCAGCAGCAGCGAGGCCGUGGUGGGCGGCGAGAAGAGCAACAAGAUGAUCACGCUGAUCAGCUCCGACGGCGAGAGCUUCGAAGCCACGGAGGAGGCGGCGAAGAUGUCGGUGACCAUCAAGCACAUGAUCGAGGACGGCUGCGCCGACGACGGGAUCCCCCUCCCCAACGUCCCCGCCAAGAUCCUCUCCAUGGUCAUCGAGUACUGCAACAAGCACGCCGCCGACGCCGCCGCCGACGACACCAACAAGCACGUCGCCGACCCCGCCGACGCCGACGAGGACGACGACAAUAACAACAACGACAGCGCCGGCGAGAAGGAGGACCUGAAGAGCUUCGACGCCAGCUUGGUCGCCGUCGACCAGGCCAUGCUGUUCGACAUCAUCCUCGCCGCCAACUUUCUGAGCAUCAAGGGGCUCCUGGACCUCGCCUGCCAGAAGGUGGCCGACGACAUCAAGGACAAGUCGGUUGAGGAGGUGCGCGAGAUUUUCAAGAUCGAAAACGACUUCACAAAGGAGGAGGAGGAGGCCGUCAGAAAGGAAAAUGCCUGGGCCUUCAACGAGUAGAAACGUUUACGAGUUUUAGCUAGUGUACUCACUUGGGGUUUCAUCUUUGCAGCUGCUUAAUUAAUUUGUUAAUUCGUCGCCUUUCUUGUUUACGAGUUUUAGCUAGUGUGCUUGGUUUUUGA